AUGGAACAAGCAAAUCCAAGACAAUUGUUCAACAUAUCCUGGACUAUCCACCGUCUCUCCCCUCUCCAUCAUGGGAAGGAUUGUGAGAUCCUCCUAGACAACCAGGUUGCCUUAAAAACAUACGCAACGCGUCUACGCGACCAUCUCACAGGCGACCUCCUUGCUGGGAUUCAUACAAACACUGGCGCAGCAGAAGACGAUACGUUCUCCAAGAUAGGCCCCAUAAAAGAUUGUCUAUGGCGGCCAAUCUCAUCUCAAUCAUUGCGCGACAAAGCGCCGAGCAGAUCCCAGAAUACCAAAACUCCUGGAAUUCUAGUAACGCUGGAAUAUGAAAAUAUUGUCUACAAAGCAGCUUUGCUCACAGACACAAUACCAUCUCCAAAUCAGCGCAAGGGAUCCACAUCUCUCCCUCUCCUCCUAACCAGAUUCCCCACUGCGCUCCGACAAAUCUUCAUCACUUUCUUGACUACAAAUUUCGACACUUAUUGCUCGCCCCUCCGACUGCCGUCGAGCUUUCUCUGUUUAGGUCUAGAGACAUACAUCGAUACCCUGCGCACCCAAAGGCAAAGUACAAGCGACACAGUUGAAGAUACUAUCAAAGAGUUACAGCUCACGCUCUCCUUCUCAUCAUCCAUCGCACCAGCGCUGAGAUCCCUGAACGUCAGCGUCGCGCGCGCUUCACUAGCAGGCUUCCUGCGCGACCAGCCUGGACAGUCAGCGCCAAAAUCGCGCAGUCUUCAGCGUAAACUGCGCAGCCCUUUCAUCGCCAACCUUACUUCGUAUCUGGAGACGCAUCUUGCCAUGAAGUUGAAUCUGGAUGGGUCGUCUUCGGACCAAGUCGCUAAGCAGCAUGUGCGACUCUCGAAGGUUGCCUGCGCUGCUUUCGUUUUGGGCAGUGAGGGACGUGUGAAGCUGGUUGUGGCUGCUGAUAGGGAUGAUGGGGAUGAGGGCACUCGCGCUCCAGGCGAUAAAAAUGAACGUGCUUUGGAAGCAGGAGAAUCGCUGCUACAGUCGGUAAUCCGGAAGGCCGUUGUGGAGGGUCAUUCAGCUACGUGA